AUGCCGGCAGCCGAGCAGCAGCAGCAGCAGCAGGAGCAGGAGCAGCAGCAGCGGACGGCGGCCGUGACGCCGCCGUCCCGCCAGGCAUCCGCUCAGGAGCGCGCCUCUCAGAACCCCAGCCAGAGCGCGCCGAGCGGCGACUCGUUCGCCGCGGCAAUGCAGGCGGCGGCGAGCGAAAUGGACAGCGCGGCGGCGGCGGCGGCGGCGCCAGGGGCCCACGGCGCUGACGGCGCCGACAAGGCCGCGGCUGCGGUUCCGCGGCCGCCGUCGCGCCGGCAGAGCUCGAAGAGGCCCGUGUCGGCCGGCGGCAGCGCGGCGGCGGCGCGCUACGUCGCGGAGGCGCAGCAGCGCAUGAGCGCCGGCGGCGCAGCGGCCGAGGAGGCGGCGGCGGCGGCGGCGGCGGCGGCGGCGGCGCUCGCCGGCGACGGCGCGCACAGGGCGAACAGCGGCGGCGGGUGCGUUGCUGGCAGCGAUGUGGGCAGCGGCGAUCGGCGCGUCGCACUGCUAGAGAUGCAGUCGCUGGUGCCGCAGCGAGACGCCAACGGCGGUGGCGACGCCGACGCUGCGCUGCUCAAGGCCAAACGCAUGGCAUUUGAGGCGGCCGCCGGGGCGGAUGCAGCAGGGGUGGUGCUGCAGAUGGAUGACUGCGGGCAGGGCGCUGCGGCCACGCAGAGGGGCUGCGCGUGCGUCGUCAUGUGA